CUCUCUUCCAAUAAAACUAAACCCUAAAGACCCAACACUCUCUAGCUGCCUCCUUAUCCACACGACCGCUCUCUCACUGACCCACAACCCAAAAACCCUUAGCGUCGCUUAUUGAGAAAUGGCGUCGACUAACGCUAUUUCUACAGCAUCCAUCUUCUGCUCCCCCAAACAGGGCUUGAGGAGAAGGGGUUCUCAGCAGCAGAGCAACAGGCUAAAUCUCAGGCAAUCGAGCGGUAGAUUUCAUGUGAGGGCCGCUGCAAAGGAAAUUGCAUUCGACCAGAAUUCAAGAUCUGCACUACAGUCCGGAAUUGAUAAGCUUGCUGAUGCUGUUGGGCUUACUCUUGGUCCUAGAGGGAGAAAUGUUGUGUUGGAUGAAUUUGGAAGCCCUAAAGUAGUAAACGAUGGAGUCACAAUUGCUCGAGCUAUUGAGCUCCCUGAUGCCAUGGAAAAUGCUGGUGCAGCACUCAUUAGGGAGGUUGCAAGUAAAACCAAUGACUCAGCUGGUGAUGGGACAACCACUGCGUCAGUUCUUGCACGGGAAAUCAUUAAAUUAGGUCUUUUGAGUGUCACUUCUGGUGCAAAUCCAGUCUCUAUAAAGCGGGGGAUUGAUAAAACUGUACUGGGCUUGGUAGAAGAGUUGGAGAAGAAGGCUAGGGCUGUCAAAGGUCGUGAAGAUAUCAAAGCUGUUGCAACCAUAUCUGCUGGGAAUGAUGAUCUUAUUGGGACUAUGAUUGCGGAUGCAAUUGACAAGGUUGGGCCAGAUGGUGUUUUGUCGAUCGAGUCGUCAUCUUCAUUUGAAACAACUGUUGAAGUCGAAGAAGGAAUGGAGAUUGACAGGGGUUAUAUCUCCCCACAAUUUGUUACAAACCCUGAAAAGUUGAUUGCUGAAUUUGAGAAUGCUAGAGUCUUGGUCACAGAUCAGAAGAUUACUGCAAUAAAGGACAUAAUUCCCUUGUUAGAGAAAACCACUCAGUUGAGAGCUCCAUUGCUUAUAAUUGCAGAGGAUGUCACUGGGGAGGCCUUGGCUACACUUGUUGUAAAUAAGUUGCGGGGCAUUCUCAAUGUUGCAGCAAUUAAGGCUCCUGGUUUUGGUGAGAGGAGAAAAGCCCUCCUUCAAGAUAUUGCUAUUCUAACAGGAGCUGAGUUCCAAGCCAGUGAUCUGGGUCUGCUUAUUGAGAACACCUCAGUUGAGCAGCUUGGCUUGGCUAGAAAGGUGACAAUCACCAAGGACUCCACCACCAUUAUUGCAGAUGCUGCAUCGAAGGAUGAGUUACAAGCCAGGAUAGCACAAUUGAAGAAGGAAUUAACAGAGACGGAUUCAGUGUAUGACUCACAGAAACUAGCUGAGAGAAUUGCCAAAUUGUCUGGUGGGGUAGCUGUAAUAAAGGUGGGUGCUGCAACAGAGACAGAACUUGAGGACCGUAAACUCCGUAUUGAAGAUGCCAAGAAUGCCACUUUUGCUGCCAUAGAGGAAGGGAUUGUCCCAGGUGGUGGUGCUGCACUGGUUCACCUCUCAACUCAUGUUCCAGCAAUUAAGGAGAAGCUUGAAGAUGCAGAUGAGCGGCUUGGUGCUGAUAUUGUGCAGAAGGCACUGGUAUCACCGGCAUCACUGAUUGCUGGAAAUGCUGGAAUGGAAGGUGAGGUAGUUGUGGAGAAGAUAAAGUAUAGCGAAUGGGAAAUUGGUUACAAUGCAAUGACAGACAAGUAUGAGAACUUGGUGGAGUCUGGCGUUAUUGACCCAGCAAAGGUGACACGAUGUGCAUUGCAGAAUGCUGCUUCAGUUGCAGGGAUGGUGCUGACCACCCAGGCCAUUGUUGUCGAAAAGGCUAAACCUAAGACACCCAUGGCUGCUCCCCCACAAGGACUUACAGUGUGAUCUUCUCUCAAGAAUUCAUCAAAAUACAAGUGUUGUUAGGAUUUUAGGUUUGAAAGAGCGGUCCCAUUGCGGUGAAUUAAGAGGUAUGUCAUUUCCAAGUAGUAAUAAUUUGCCUUUUUUAUUGUACGGAUUUGGAAUAUUGUGAUUUUGUAGUCUGGUAUGUAAUAUCAAUGGGGGAAUUCGGAGGCUUUUCGGUAUUUCGGUACUCAUUGCCAAUGUGGCAAUAUAUAAAUUAAUGCGUAAUACCACUCGGUCCGGAUGGAUGACAGUAUUGACAUGAAGGAACGAGAUUAAAUGAACCUUGAAACAUCA